GCAGGACCACUUCCGGCCAGGGAGGGGGGGAUAAGCUCAGACCUAAGGAGAGGCUUGGAGAGAGCAGACGCCUUCUGGACUCAGGAGGACGAGGCUCAGCUGUUACUUGGCCUCCCAGAAUGAUGGAUAAGAGAAAUGACUACAGUUAUAGGAUGCCUCCAUUCCAGGGCCCUCUGCCUCCCCCUGGGAGCCUGGGGCUUCCCUUGCCUCCAGAUGUACAGACUGAGACCACAGAAGAGGACAGUGUCUUGCUGAUGCACACCCUGUUGGCGGCAACCAGGGACCCUCUGGCCAUGGACUCCUCAGUUGCCAACCGGCCUAAGAAAAGCAAGACCAAGAAGGCCCCUAUAAAGACUAUUACUAAGGCUGCCCCUGCUGCCCCUCCAGUCCCAACUGCCAAUGAAAUUGCCACUGACAAGCCCAGAAUAACUCUGCAGGUUUUAAACUUGCCAAUCAUCACCCAGAUUAGCCAGGCUUCAGCUAUCACUGAGGCAGCCAAUAUUCAGGUCUCUUCAAUCACUGCUCAGACUAAGAAAGCCAACAGGAUGAAGAAAGUUACUGCCAACACAGCCCAAGGCUCUCAAUCCCCAACUGACAGUCAGGGUGUCAAUACACAGCUCAAGUCACCUUUGCAGGUCUUAAACCUACCAGGCAUCUCACAGACUAUCCAGGCUCCAAUUGCCAGUGAGUCAGCCAAUUCCCAGGCUUUGAUAGCCUCCACCAAGCCUAAGAAAGCUUCUAAGGCCAAGAAGGUUGCAAAUAAAGCCAUAGCUAGUGCCACUGAGGUCUCACCGGCUCCAAUUGCCACCUAUACAGCUACCACUCAAGGCCAAAUUAUCAGUGAGACAGUCAAUACCCAGGCCACAGCAGCCUCCAUCCGAACCAAGAAAGCCUGUAAAGCCAAGAAGACAACUGCUAAGGCCAUGCAUACUGACACUGAGCAAAUAGAGGCUCCAAAUGUCACCAGACAGAUUGAAGCCUCAGCAGCAGCUAUCCGGCCCAAAAAAUCCAAGGGCAAGAAGGCUGCCAAUAAGGGCCCAAAUUUUGCCUCUGAAAUCUUUAAGGCCCCACCUGCCACUCAAAUGGUCACAAACCAAGCACUAGCAACCAACCUUUGGGUCAAGAGAGGGUCUAGGGCUCGGAAGACUGGCGCUAAGGCUCGGGCAACUGAAAGCCUGACUCAAAUUACUGACCAAGGGGCAAAGACCAAGAUGGCCACAGCUCAGACCAACGUAGGUGCCCUUGAGACUCAGGUUGCUGCUGCUGUCCAGGCCCUGGCAGACGACUAUCUGGCUCACUUGAGUCUGGAGCCCACAACCAGGACUCAGGGCAAGAGGAACAGAAAGUCCAGGCAUCUGAAUGGGGAUGAGAGAAGUGGCAGUAAUUACAGGCGGAUCCCAUGGGGCCAGAGGCCUCCACCACCCCGAGAUGUGGCCAUUUUGCAAGAAAGGGCAAAUAAGUUGGUGAAAUACCUGUUGGUUAAGGACCAGACAAAGAUCCCCAUCAAGCGCUCAGACAUGCUGAAGGAUGUCAUCCAAGAAUAUGAUGAAUAUUUCCCAGAGAUCAUUGAACGAGCAAGCUAUGCUCUGGAGAAGAUGUUUCGAGUCAAUCUGAAGGAAAUUGAUAAGCAAAAUAGCUUGUAUAUUCUCAUCAGCAAUCAGGAAUCCUCCGCAGGCAUACUGGGAACGACUAAGGACACACCCAAGCUGGGUCUCCUCAUGGUGAUUCUGAGUGUCAUUUUUAUGAAUGGCAACAAGGCCAGUGAGGCUGUCAUCUGGGAGGUGCUACGCAAGUUGGGGCUGCGGCCUGGGGUGAAGCAUUCGCUGUUUGGGGAAGUAAGGAAGCUCAUCACAGACGAGUUUGUCAAGCAGAAGUACCUGGAGUACAAGAGGGUCCCCAACAGCAGACCACCUGAAUAUGAGUUCUUCUGGGGCUUGCGCUCCUACCAUGAGACUAGCAAGAUGAAAGUCCUCAAGUUUGCAUGCAAGGUACAGAAGAAAGACCCCAAGGACUGGGCUGCUCAGUACCGGGAGGCAGUGGAGAUGGAAGUCCAAGCUGCAGCUGUGGCUGUGGCCGAGGCUGAGGCCAGGGCUGAGGCAAGAGCCCAAAUGGGGAUUGGAGAGGAAGCUGUGGCUGGGCCCUGGAAUUGGGAUGACAUGGAUAUUGACUGCCUAACAAGGGAAGAGUUGGGUGAUGAUGCUCAGGCCUGGAGCAGAUUUUCAUUUGAAAUUGAGGGCAGAGCCCAAGAAAAUGUGGAUGCCAGCACCAACGUCAACUUCAGCAGAGGAGCUAGCACCAGGGAUAGCUUCAGCGAUGGUGCUAGUAUUAGCCUCAGUGGUGCACCCAGCCCCAGUGGUGGCUUUGGUGGUGGAGCUGGCAUUACCUUCAGUGGUAUACCCAGCACCAGUGCCAGCUUCAGUAGUACAGCCAGCAUUAGCUUUGGUGGAACAGCCAGCACUAGCCCCAGCUUCAGCAGUACAGCCUGUAUUAGCUUUGGUGGUGCACCCAGCACCAGCUCUAGUUUUAGCAGUCAAGCCAGCAUUAGCUUUGGUGGCAUACCUUGUACCAGUGCCAGCUUUAGUGAUGGAGUCAGCUCUAGUUUCAGUGGUCCACUCAACACUAGUGCCCCUUUCAGUGGUGGAGGCAGCUCUGGGUUUGGAGACACACUCAGCACCACUGCUGGCUUUAGUGGUGCACUCAGCACCAGUACCAGCUUCUGCAGUGUGCCCACUACAAGCACAGUUUUCAGUGGUGCACUUAGCACCAGCACUGGUUUUGGAGGCACACUCAGCACCAGCAUCUGCUUUGGUGGCUCUCCCAGCUCUGGUGCCAGCGUUGGGGGUACACUCAGUACCAGUAUCUGUUUUGGUGGCUCCCCCAACAGCAACACUGGUUUUGGUGGUACACUCAGCACCAGUGUCUCCUUCUGUGGCUCUCCCAACACCAGUGCCAACUUUGGUGGUACACUAAGCACCAGCGUCUGCUUUGGUGGCUCUCCCAGUACCAGUACUGACUUUGGCGGAGUGCUCAACACCAGUGCUGGCUUUGGUGCGCUCAAUACCAGUGCUGGUUUUGGUGGUGCUGUCUGCACCAGCACCAACUUUGGCAGUACACUAAGCAACAGUGUCUGCUUUGGUGGCUCUCCCAGCACCAGUGCCAGCUUUGGCUGUGCACUCAACACCAGUGCUGGUUUUGGUGGAGCGCUCAAUACCAGUGCUGGUUUUGGUGGUGCUGUCUGCACCAGCACCGACUUUGGCAGUACACUAAGCAACAGUGUCUGCUUUGGUGGCUUUCCCAGCACCAGUGCUGGUUUUGGUGGAGGACUCAACACCAGUGCCAGCUUUGGCAGUGCACUCAACACCAGUGCCAGUUUUGGCGGUGCUGUCAGCACCAGUGCUGGCUUCAGUGUUGCACCCAGCACCAACCCUGGCUUUGGUGGUGCAUUCAGCACCAGUGCUGGCUUCAGUGGGGCACUUAGUACCACUACUGACCUUGGUGGUACUCCUAGCAACAAUAUGGGUUUUGGUGGUGCUCCCAGCACAAGUAUCAGCUUUGGUGGUGCUCCCAGCACCGGUGUCAGGUUUGGUGGUGCUCACAGCACCAGCCUCUGUUUUGGUGGAGCUCCCAGCACCAGCCUCUGUUUUGGUGGCGCUCCCAGCACCAGCCUCUGCUUUGGCAGUGCAUCUAACACCAACCUAUGCUUUGGUGGCCCUCCUAGCACCAGUGCCUGCUUUAGUGGUGCUACCAGUGCCAGUUUUGGUGAUGGACCCAGCACCAGUGCCGGUUUCAACUUUGGCAAUGCAUUAAGCACCAGUGCUGGAUUUGGUGGUGGACUGAGCACCAGCGCUGGCUUCGGUGGUGGCCUAGGCACCAGUGCUAGCUUCAAUGUUGGGCUAGGCACCAGCAUCGGCUUUGGUGGCGGACUAGGCACCAGCUCUGGCUUCAGUGGCGGACUAGGCACCAGCACUGGCUUUGGUGGUGUACUAGGUACCAGUGCUGGCUUUAGUGGAGGACUGGUCACCAGCAAUGGCUUUGGUGGUGGACUGGGCACUAAUGCUGGUUUUGGCAACACACUUGGCACCAGCGCUGGCUUUGGUGGUGGCCUCAGCACCAGCGAUGCCUUUGGCAGUGGGCCUAAUGCCGGCUUCAACAGAGGACUGAGUACCAUCAUUGGCUUUGGCAGUGGUUCCAAUACCAGCAAUGGCUUUACUGGAGAACCCAGCACGAGCACCAGUUUCAGUAGUGGACCCAGUUCUAUUGUUGGCUUCAGCGGUGGACCAAGCACUGGUGCUGGCUUCUGCAGUGGACCAAGCACCAGUGGCUUCGGAGGUGGAUUGAACACUGGAGCUGGCUUCAGCAGUGGACCAAGCACUGGUGCUGGCUUCGGCGGUGGACCAAGCACUGGUACUGGCUUCAGCAGUGGACUGAGCACUGGUCCUGGCUUUGGUGGUGGAGCCACCAGCCUUGGUGCCUGUGGCUUCUCCUAUGGCUAGUGAGGUUUCAGGUUUAUUCCCCAUGUUACCACUAAUGAAUUGCAGCAGUCUUACCCAUGGAGUCAAGGUACAUCCAUGGGAUCUUUGUCCACACAUCAGUCUAAGCAGCUAUGACCAAUCAGCUGAGGGUGACAUGCUAUGAAAAAUCUGUUUGCUGUUUCUGCUUUAUUGUUUGCUUUCUGUAUGCUGUCAUAUUUUGCUAUCAGAGUUACAUUAAAUUUGCAAAAUGAA